AAAAAAACAAAAAAACAAUAGAUCUAACCUAUCCAAUCAAACUUGAGGCUUUGCUCUGUAUAUUUUUAGCCAUCCAAUCAAGGAAAAGGUUUUGUUUUUAAGUGUUGUUGUUGCUUUGAAAUUAAAAAUGUUUGUGUUCAGCACGUUUCUAGGGUUCUAUAUUUAUUAAAGAUAAGUUAUUAUUAUUAUAUCUAGAUCUAGAUUCUAUAGACUAGUCUAGUGUCAAUAGUUCGCUACUACGGUAGAUCUAGAUCUAUUGUCUAGAUUCUAAACAUGGAAUUAACAAGAAAUACACAAGAUUCUGCUUAUUGUGGACCGUACAAAGCAACACGUCUGUGGAAUGAUGUGAUUUUUGCCUUUCGCCAAUAUGUUCCAUGUGGGAAACACAGACGUUACAUGAAGACUUUUGAUAAUUGCUUUUCUGGAACAUCCGCUGCUGAAUGGCUACUGCAUUAUCUAAAAAACAAUAAUAACUUUAAUGAAGAGGUUUCAAGACAAAAAGCCCUUUCCUUGCUCAAUAAACUUUAUAAAGCUGGUAUCUUCGAAGAAGUGAAAGUGACAAAAAGUAUGCGCCACAAGCAGGAUGUACAAGAGAAUAGACUUUACAGAUUUUUGCCAGCAUCUCCAUCAAAGAUGAAAAUUUAUCGCCUUCCACUUGCUCCAAGAAAUGAUUCUGGCAUCAACAGGCCUCCACUAAAAGAUCAUUCAAUCAAUAAGCCUGAAAAACCACUUUAUCAUAAAGAUAAGGAUGCCCCUUUUCAAGCAAAAGAAGUUGCAUGUACUGUGGAACAGAAGCCAAUAUCCAAACUUAGCAGAAAAAUAUCAAUUCUUAAAAAAGAAAAAGGUGUGAAAGAGGAGGAAAGGAACAAACAAGACACAGAGAAAGAAAGUUACCCACCCUGCCAUCUUGUGACUAGAAUUUUAACAACUCGAGAGAUCAAGGACACUUGGAAAACUAUUUUUAUUCACAGGCUUCAAAAAACUUUAAGUGUGAGACAGCUGACUGGCAUCAUCACAGAAGAGGAAAUUGAUGGCUAUAAUAUUAUGCACAAUUGCAUAUAUCUGAACAAAAGUGGCAUAGUGACCAAUUUGGAUGCCAAAGACCACCUACCUCAAUGGGUCAUGUCUGCCAUGAAAUGUUUGGCUCGCUGGCCGGAACCACCAGAGCCAGGGUUACCUAAUUAUCCAGGAUUCGAGAAAGAUGUUUUUGGUGUUGUCAAAGACUAUUUUCUUGGGCUAGAUGAACCCCUCAUACCCUACAUAUAUUAUGAUGUCUUCAUAAAUGUUUUUGUAAUGGCAGGCAACAGUCAACCUAGACACUCCUCCCCUCAUCACACUGGUCAAGGAGAGGCAAGCAUGGGCAGUAGCCUGUGGACCUCUGCCUCGUUGGAAAACAUUAUCCUGAAUUUCACUCGAAAGUACUGCUUGCUGGAUAACACUGAUCAUACAUUUGGCACCAAUGAGGAUCUGCAGUCGAUUGGCCUGUCUCGCCAACACUUUGGUACUCAAGAAGACCUGCGAUUUGUCAGUCACAUGGAUAAAUCCUAUUUAAGUUACAACAACAGGAAAGUUUUCCCAAGUACUGAUGGCAUGGACAAAAUUCGUGAGGGUCACAAAAGUACUGACCAUUUUCCUAAUGUGGACAUCUUUCCAACUAUGACAUCGUUUAAAAGCUGCCACGCCUUGUCCAAAACCACUCAUUCAGCUGGUGAAGCUUGGCCAGUGUCACACCUAGAUCGGUCAACUAUUAGAAAAUAUGGAUCCACACCCAAUCUGAAAGUGUCAAGAUAUGAAACAGCAUUUGGGCCUGAUAACCGGACAGUGACAAGAAUAUUUUACCAGAAUGGUAUGACCACAGAUUAUGGUCACGAUGAAGAGGAUGAUUUAUAUCAGCUGCCUCUUGAUCGCACUGGGAAUAAAGAAAAGCAAACCAGUGCUGACCUUGAGAGGUCACCAGGGAGUUCACAAGUCAAUCAGAUACAAAGCCCACCUCACAAAUUUUUACCCAGGAGUAAGUCACAAUAUGAUGUGACAAAUCAGUCAUGUGACAUGACAGAAAACAAAAGCCUACUUAAUAUAAAGCAUAACACAAGUUACACUAGCGUCAAUAGACAUUCAAGUUUUAUAUCACACAAUGAGAGUAUAAGCAAGAAAAAAAGUCUGAGUCACCAAAAUUUAAAUGAUAUGGAACUGUGUGAAAAAGACAUGAGCCACUCUGUUUCUUCGUCUCCUGCAUCAGGUAGCCUAGGCCCUAACAAGAGUCUCACACAGAUUUCCAGGACACCUUCUUUAGUAAAAGCUUAUGGCCCUGGUUACAGGCCUGUAAAAUCAUCAGAAGAAGAGGGUACCUCUUUGCUUAGAAGAAACAGAACUCAGAGACAAAGACCUGUUUCACUGACUGAAGCUGAGAAAGGGUCUUCUCUAGCUGUGACAACAGAGAACUUGCCAGUAAUAGAAAAUGGUGAGGCAUCACUUCCCAGGCCUUACUCUGAUACAGUUUCCACUCAUCUUCUGUCACCUAAAAGUCAUGCUGUCACACCAGAUCUCCAUUUGUCAUACAUAACCCCAUUCUUUAGCACUAAUAAAGUUCAGAGUUGUGAAAAUAAUUUCUUGAACUUUCCCAGAAAUGGACUUUUUGAAGAGAGGGCUAAAAAUUCUCUACAAAUGGUCAGCCUUCUUCUGCCCCCUGCCAACAGAAGAAAACUUCACCUUCUGUUUAAAAUGAUGACUAAAAUGAAUUCGAACCCAAACCUCUUUCUUGAUUAUACCCAGACAACGCGAAGUUUGCUCUUAAGUACUUUUUACAAAGGAAUCAUUCAUUCUCAAGAAGACAGUGAACUGGACAAUGUACUUGUCUUACAGCUGGUGUCCUUCAUGCUAGAUUUCUAUGAUGAUAUCUUCACUCCGCCUUCAGAAAUUAAAGCUCAAGUUAGCAACAGACUCAAGAUAAUGCAGAGACCACAAGUUGUCUAUUCACCAAGACCUGACAGAACUGUCAGAUUCUGCCAGCAGACAACUGUCACUGACUAUGAGAAUCAAAGGAUAUCAACCUCACAGUCUGCACUGGCCCAGCUGUUGGAGGGGAUUGUUGCCAAUGAUCAUUUGGACACAAAAACAAAGAAAAAACAUUUGAAACAGUUUCAAAGAACAUACCCAACGAUCUAUGCACAACGUUUUCCUACACCUGAAUCAGAAGCUGCAGUUGUUACAUUGAAGCCAAAAGAAAGGAAGCCUUCAAAAUCUGGACCCCUCAACAGACUAAAAGGCCUUAGAUUGUGAAGCGUCAUUGUUAUAAUUUGUCAUAUUUUGGGCAUGUUCACAUUGAAUUUCAAGUCUUCCUGGUUCAAUAUAAAAACAUAAGGGCAUUAAAUUUUGUAAAUAUGUUUACAUUUUAAAAUUGUAACAAUGAUCCUUUUACCAAAAUAGUAAUCCUUCUUUAAGGAAUUAUUUUUCAUUAUUGACAACUUGCAUCUAAGUAGCAGUUAUUAUGCAUACUAUAUAUUGUCUCAAUUUGAAGGUGCUAUUUUGUAAAUAUCUCAUUUAUGUCGUUUGAUUUUGUUUGCCUUUUAGACAUUGUAAAAUAUGUUCAAGGCCUUUAAACUAUGCACUAAGUGUCUUCUUUCAACCUCUAAAGAACACAUCAUUCUUUUCAAUGUGUAUUGACAUCUCCCUCUUCCCUUGUAAUCUUGUUAUUUUUGAUGAUGUGCCAUAAUACCCUGCUAAUUUGUAUAUAGUUUUGAUUUCAUAAUGAAUUCAUGUGUUCAUUGUAUAUUCACUCUGUUUUAAUUUUUAAAAUUAAGUUGCCUUAGUUUAAACAAAAAU